AUGAGACAAAACGAAUAUAGUCACACAAACAUCACCAUGAACCUGAACGACCCCGCAACCCAGGCAGAAGAGGAGCUGGACGUCGAGAUCUCCUCCAUUCGCCGCGAAAUUCGCAAACUGCAACGACGCCGCCGCUUCCUCUCGUCAAGCAUUCUCUCCUCCGCCUCGCUCCAGAAACGACUUAGCAGGCCAAAUCAAGCGCCCAAGCUCAAUCUCUCGAAUUUGAAUGAAGACAUCUCCCCCGUCGUCCGCGCUGCCGGGUCCCACGCAUAUUCAAAUCAUCACCGCAUCGCCUUCUCCACCACCACAUUUCCAUUCAAAGAUCCGUCACCGACUUUUGACAACGAAACCGAUCGCUCAAAAAAUCUACUCGGUGCGCGCAUCGACGUUUGCGUUCGAAAUGGCCGCUUCACGAAACCUUACUACCUUCUCCUACAGAAACUCCGGACGGACGGGCACAAUCAUGGCAGUGUGCGGGUGAAGGUUCAUCGACACACAAUACCGGCAUUCAUACCAGUCGACCGAUUGGAGCGUGUAUUCUUACCCGGAACACACUCUAAAGCCAGCGCCGGCGAUGGCGAUGGUACCGAGGAGGCGCAGCCACCGAUGAAAGGGAAACAGGGAAGUGCGCGAAAACAGGAUCUCCGCGGAUUCAUCCGCGAAGUACGACGCCAACUAGUCGCGUGGCACAUGCGUCUAGAUGCAGUACAUUAUCUUCGCGAUCAGAUAGGCGUGAUUCGGCGGGGUGUGGAUGCAUAUCCAGAUGAAGAGGAGGAUGGGCCAUGGGAACGGGAUAUCCCUAUUGAUACCGAUCUCGAUUCGGGCGUUGGGGAUAUUCGUCUGAAGCGGAACGAGUUUGGAAUUGUUACGCUUUCACCGACGGCGCUGGAGGCUUCGUAUAUACGGGUAGAGUGGGAGGAUGGGCGGGUUGGGAGAUUCAAGAUCUCAAAUUCGGGCUUGGUUGAACGUGCAGUCGUUAUUGGUGAUAAGGGCAGAGACAAGGCGCUAGAGGCCGCGCUUACAGGGGGUGAUAAGAAAGUACUCAGUGUGUUGAGUCGAUUGAAGAUGGGAGCAUUGGCAGGCAGUGAUAGCAGCCCAUCCUCGUUAGAUUCGGAAUAG